AAUUCUGAGUAGUUAAACUACAAAACAGAAUCAAACAAUCAAGGUGACAUUUUAUUUCAAUUUAGAUCUCUCAAUGUUUCAAAUUUAGUGUUAGAUUUGAUUGUUGCUGUUUCCAUUAAUUUGAUAUUUUGUUUUCUUUCAACUUACUCUUCAAAUCAUCAUGUUUAAGUUUCAUUUUGAUUGUUUGCUGCUAUUGACUCUUUGUGUGGUUUCCAAUUCCGGUGAUUAUGGUCUGAAUCGAGGCUCCAACGAUCAUGGAAAUAACAACGAAAUGAAAAGUAAUCAUCUUAAUCAUCAGCAAUUAACAGGAAGAUAUGUUUCCAAUGUUGGUUCGUACCGAUUAACACCGGAUGAUGUGGCCGUUAAGACUUAUCGUAACUUAUAUUAUAAAAAUCAUCAACCAGUUAACCGGAUUAACUCAAAUGUAUUGAAUCCUCUUAAUAGUAACAAUGUUAAUUUCAUGAAGGGAAUGAACAAUCGUUUGCGAAAUGGUGCCAACAAUUUAAUCAAUUCAGCUCCAAGUUCAAGUGUAACGAAAAUGAUCACAUCGGCAAGUACACUAACCACAAGUACUUUGUUUUCCUCGGCAUCACCAGCCACACCAACGAUUUCGACGACUUCACCACCAGAAAAGCCUGUUCUUGAAUCGAUCUCUGACUCUUUGGCUCCAAUCGAGGGUCGAUCAACACUUGAUUCAACAAUUAAAUCAACAAAAUCCAGACCUAAGGUUCAAAUCCCUAAAUCGCCUUCAACUGAAUCAUUUCAAGAUCUAAUGUCCAAUAUGACGAUACAUCCAAAUGGGAAUAAAAUAAUUCAAGAUAUUUAUCGUGAUAAUGUUUUCGAUAAUCAAGAGCGCCAGGAGCAAGUUAAACAAAUGUCCAAAUGGAUGAGCUCGAGUCCUUCAAGUGAGAUUCGUUCAGGUCCAAAAUAUUCGUUGACGAAUCGAAAUCAGAAUCAACACCAACUCAAUGAUUCACUUCCGAUUGAGAGAAUCACCAUUGUUCCCAAAUCCACAAACCAUUCGAGUGACCAUGGUAAUAGUCACAAUGGAAAACGAGGUAAAGGUGAAUCCAAUCAACAGAAUCAACAUGCACAUAAUACUAUCAAUAAGCCGGAAGCUUUGGUCUUAUCGCCUUCUCCAAGCUCAUCCUCAUCCUCAUCUCCAUCACCUUCUCCCGUUGCUGCUGCUUCUACAUCGUCUAAACCUGCAUCAUCGGAAAAUAAUUUAUCGACAUCAGAAGAUGACGAAGCAGCCUUAUUGGACGAUGAAGAGGGAUCUGCGUCGAAUGCUGAAGCAGCCGGGACCUUAAAGACUCCACCCUGUGGUAAGAAUGGUCGCCAUUAUUGUAUCUUCCGUGAAGAUUAUCCGAUCAAAGUGGUCACUGAAGUGACUCGCUACUACAAGUGGCCAUUAGAAAAGCUAUUCCGUGAUCUUCGUAACCAAGUGAUGCCUAAAUUAGCCAACGAUAAUUACGGAGGAUUAGUUUGCGACUCAAUUACUAGAGUCGUUAGACCGGGUUGGGCUCGAAAUACAAAUAAUCGAUGGUUGGUUGUAAUUAAUACCGAUUCUUAUCAACAAUAUGUUACUGAAGUUCUAUGUCGCCAUGGUUCAGGCUCUUAUUGUAACUUUAUCCCUCCCUGUUAUCAUGCUACUUGUAGACAAAGAUACAACACUCAGAAGCUUCUAGUCAUUGAUCCAUGGAAUCCAUACAAAGGUCCAUUCUUAUCUGAAUUUUUAUUCCCUUCUUGUUGCAUUUGCCAUGUUUCCGAUGAAUCUUUGACCUCGCCUCGUAAAACGGUGACAGUUCGACCUGAUGGACGAAGUAAACUUGAUGAUCCACAUCGAUCUGGAAUGACCUCAGAAUCAUCUACGGAAAAGAUUGAGUUGUAGAUCAACGAGAAUCUGUUUCUUCAAAUGUUCAACACUCGCGAUAGAAAUGAAAAUCUCCCUCCGACAAUUUGUAUUGCUAACGAUUCAUUUUCUGUUUACCAUUUCAAUGAGAUCAAAUUAAUUUAUUUCAACUCCACUUUUAAUCAUUUCAACUCAAAUCAUUCUAACGAUAUAAAUAUUAUAAACUCUCACCCUCGAUUAUCUGUUUCUCUCUCUCUCUCUCGAUUUUCAAAUGAGAAUUUGAGUUUGAAUAAAAUUUAAAUAAAUUCCUUUUUUAAUGGUGAUAA